AUGGAUGAAAGUUUGAAACUUUACAAGGAAUUGAUGACUCGUGUUUCGAAUAAUGGUAAUAAUACAAGAGUUGUCUUACUGUUUACUAAACCAGAUAUAAUGAUGAGGAAAUUGAGGAGUUACAUUGAAUUUGGAAGAUUAUUCGAAACUGAAACACUUACUGAUCUUUCACGAAUUGUAAACGAUUAUCACGAAAGGGAUGUUCUCAAUACAAUUAUAUCGAGCUAUUUGAAUGCAAUAAAUAAUAUUUAUGGGAAAAUACCAGAAUAUCACAUUAUUCAGUCGAUAUCAGAAUUGGACAUUUCACAACUCGCCAAUGUUGAAUAA